UUGGAUUGUCGUCUGCUAGGGCAGUGGAAUAGCUCAGUCAGUAGUGAGUUGGAUUGUCGUCUGCUAGGACAUUGGAAUAGCUCAGUCGGUUGUGAGUUGGAUUGUUUUCUGCUAGGACAGUGGAAUGGCUCAGUCUGUUGUGAGUUGGAUUGUCGUCUACUAGGACAUGAGUUGGAUUGUCGUCUGCUAGGACAGUGGAAUAGCUCAGUCAGUAGAGAGUUGGAUUGUCGUCUGCUAGGACAGUGGAAUGGCUCAGUCUGUUGUGAGUUGGAUUGUCGUCUGCUAGGACAGUGGAAUAGCUCAGUCAGUAGUGAGUUAGAUUGUCGUCUGCUAGGACAGUGGAAUAGCUCAGUCUGUUGUGAGUUGGAUUGUUGUCUGCUAGGACAGUGGAAUAGCUCAGUCAGUAGUGAGUUAGAUUGUCGUCUGCUAGGACAGUGGAAUAGCUCAGUCUGUUGUGAGUUGGAUUGUCGUCUGCUAGGACAGUGGAAUAGCUCAGUCAGUAGUGAGUUGGAUUGUCGUCUGCUAGGACAGUAG